CUUAAACAACUCCAAUUUGAGACGGAUUAAAGAUCAAUAUUUUCCUCUCACAUUUUUCCGCUUUGUCGGUUUCUCUUUCUCAGUCACUGCUUCGUUCCUCUGUAGCUUUCACAUACCUCACAAGACGUCUUUUCAAGAGGGGUACCUUCACGAAUCACUGUUCUAUUUUUUUUCCGCUCUUAUUUUGGUACUUUCUCGUCAGUUUUCUCAAGAAAGUUGCAGAAAAUGGUCACACUUGCCUGAACUGAUACUAAUAAGAAUGCGUGAACAGCUGAUAGGUAAUGAUGCUGUAUCAUUUAGGACUCCAAAGCAUUAAUAUUCAGGCUUCAAGACUAGGUGAAUUAGUAGAGAUAACAAUGGGUACUGAUGCUGUCACUGAAGUUGGUGUUUCUCUUGAUGAUGCGAACUCUGUGGAUCCAGGGGCCGAGUCGAGCAAAAUUGACUUAGUUGUGGAAAUGUCAUCUAAUGGAGAGACAAGCUCUGAAUUAGUAAUUGCAGAUGAAAUUAUAACAAGAAUGGAAUUAGAUUUGGCAUGUGCUUCAGAGAAAUUAGUUAAUCUGAGUGUACUAAUGAUGUACUUGGAAUCCAAGGAAAGUGAGUUUGAAACAACUGCUGCACUAGAAGGAGAUAUAUCGGGAGAUGCGGCGGAGGUUCUGGAAUUUGAUUUCUUGUCCAGGAUUUUGGAUUCUGAAGUGACAGAGCUGGACAAGUUCAUGGCAACUUUGCAGGAGAAUAUUGUUGAGGCACAUGAAAUGAUAUCCUCAUAUAAGCAUUUGGGACAAACUUUCAUGGCAAUGAAAGAAAAGUUGCUUGAUUCUGAAAAAUCAUUAAGGCAGUCACAUGAUCAGAUCUCAGAAAUUAGGACUCAAUUUGCCAAGUUUCAGAGGACCUUGUCCUGUCUGAAUGGACAAGAGAAUUGGAGUGGUAAUGAGGUGUCAAGCUUCUCAGAAGAUAACCAAUUUGUGGACAUGAAUGCAAAGCUCAAGAUGCAAACUGCUGAACAGCAAAGGCAUAUUUUAAGGAUGCUAGAGAAGUCUUUGGCAAGAGAAAUGGAUCUUGAAAAGAAACUGAUUGAAUCAAGACAAAUUGAGGAAGAGCUAAAACAUAGGAUGCUCUCUACGGAACAAGCAGUAUUCUUCUUGGAAGAAGAAGCAAUAGAUGUUUGUGAGAGGUGGUUCACAGCAGAAAAUGCUGCAGAGGUUCUGAUGGGAAUUUCACAAGAACUACUAAGUCGGCUAAAGAUUUUUCAAUUCAAUUUAAAUGGUUCAGUUAAACGAGAAGCUGAACUUAGAUCAAACCUUGAUAAAUCCAUGGAACAGUUGGAAGCCAAAGAAAAUGCUUUACAAGAGUUCAGUAGCAGCAGUGUGAAACUCAGUGAUCGUUUAAAAGCAAGCUUGACAGAAGCUGAAGAAAAAUUGAUUCUUGCAAAUCGUGAGGGGUCCACUCUAAGACAAAAAGUGAAUUUACUUGAGAAGCAGCUGGAGGAAUCUGAGUAUCAGCUGUCAAAUGAAAAUGUAAAUGUCUCUAUGGAUGGAAGAGAGAAGCAGCAUAGUGCUUUAUGUUCUGAGAUCACAACAAUGGAAAACACAAUCAAGGAUUUGAAAGAAGAACUAGCUAAAGAGGUAUGUAGGGCAGAUAGUGCAGAGAUCAAGUGCAAGUCACUGGCAGAGACUAAUUUGGAAAUUAACGAAGAGAUGAGCCGUCUUAAAGAUGCCUCUGAGAAAGUGGAUUCCUUAGAGAAGCAGUUGAUAGAAUCUGAUAUUAGGCUCCAGCAUGCAGUGGCAUCUGCUGAUGCUAGUCAGGAGAAGGAAAAUAUGCUGUAUGCUACAAUUAGGGAUAUGGAAAAUUUAAUCGAGGAUCUGAAGUUGAAAAUGCAGAAAGCUGACAGUCGUGCAGACAAUGCAGAGGAUAAGUGCAUUCUGUUGUCUGAUUCUAAUGCGGAACUGAAUGAAGAACUUAGCUUUUUGAGGGGGAGGCUUGCAUGCUUGGAGAUAUCUAUGAGUCGAGCUGAGGAAAGAAAAAUGAUUGCAGCAAAGGAUAUUAGCUUUCGAACUAAAGUAAUGACAGAGUUGCUGAUGCAAUUGGCAAUAGAAAGAGAGCGCCUCCAUAAGCAGAUGACCUCAUUAGCACUUGAGAAUAAAACUUUGGUGCUCAAGUUACGGCAAACAGGAAAAGAUCCCUUUGUAGUUAGCAACCAUCAUAAUAGAGGAAGUGGUGGAAAAUCUGAGUUUCCUGAGCAUGAUGAGGUAACCCAAAUCUCAGCAUUUGGUUCCAAGUUGGACAAGAAACAGAAAAAUGUGUGUGUCGUUGAAACUGAAGUGGCAGAUGCUGAUUCCGUAUUGGGGGCUGAAAGCGUGAGGAGAAUAGAUGCAGGAAUGCUCAACUAUAAGCAUAUUAUUAUGGCAGUGUUCAUCUUGUUGAUUUCUGCAGCUGUUUAUUUAUUUCUGCCGUAGAACUGCCAUUUUUGAUAGCAAAGCCAAAGACUGGCAUAGACUCGUACAUCUCCCAUCUAUAAAUGAGAGAAAUUAUUCCUGACGAUUAUUAUUAGACACGAGAUUAUUGCUGAUAAUCCCAAGAGGACAUCAGGACGAUUUGUUGGGGAGUGAAGAGAGCUCAUAGAUAAGGAGUCCAGCAACUAUGAGAAGCACAAUUACCAUGAAAAUCCAGGGCAACCCCUUGAGUUGGCCUGGAAGAAUUGCAGAAAACAGCAGUGUAAGUGAUAGGAGGGUACAUAGGAAGGCUAUCAGGUGAAUCCCUCGAGCCACCUUUGGGGAGACAUGCCACAGCAAAACUCCAACUAUUGAUGCAUAAAAAUUCAGCAUCACCAGGAAGAAGAAAAAGACGUGGCAAGUGGAAGGGCUAACAGCUAACUGUCCAUUGCCAUUGACAGCCCACAAGGCUGCAAAGAGAUUGGUGAUGAUCGUGAAUGGCAUCAUCACAAAUGCGUUUGCCCAUUCUUCGAAUAUACUCUUCUUGCUGGGGAUUAUCGCUAAAGGUUCCUGCUUGUUUGCAGCAGAGCUUUGUGUGUUGAUCAUUUCACCUUCAUUUCUGGCUUCAUUGGCUGGAGAUUCGUGGCUUAAGCUCACGAUCUCAACCUCAUGGCUGCAAGGACUCUUUGAUGGGUUCCAUGGGUUGCUCAUAAGCUGAAAAGGAAGGAAAACGAAAGAAAGUUCAGCAAAAAUACUAUCAAACUAAUAUUACUGUGAAACAUGUUUUAAUUGUCCUGCUUGAUUUUUGCUUCUCAGCAACUCAAUUUCUUUCAUUUUCUUCUGUCA